AUUUUCCCCAAAUCAGCGGUUUAUUUAUAUCAUGAACCGCGUUGUUGUGAAAAGUGAAGGCAUUCUUAGGCCUUGUUUGCUGCCGCUUAGAUAUUUUCUUUGAAGUUUAAAUUAUUUAUUCCGUCAUUUUACUUUUAACAGGUUUUACACGGCUUACCAAUGGCGUUCAACGCUUUUCAAUCUGCCCAAGGAAAUACAAACACUUUUGGAGGUUUUGGCAAAACUGCAACUUCUACUCCAGCAUUUGGAAGUUUUGGUACCACAACUUCAACAUUUGGCACAAGCGGAGGAACAACUUUUGGCGUCACUCAGGCCGCUCCAACCUUUGGCUCAGGAACCAACACGGGUCUAUUCGGCAACACGCAACAAACAUCAGCUUUUGGAGCAACAGCAAACCCUGCCUUUGGGGCAACUUCCACAACCAACACGUCGUCAUUUGGUGCAAUGGCACCGUCGUUUGGCGGCACUAACACUGGAGCCUCUGCUUUUGGUGGAGCGUCAACCUUUGGAGCCCCAACCAGCAGUUCUUUUGGGGGCUUUAGCUCGUUUGGCGCCGCUCCAGUGUCCUCCUCUGGGGGCGGUCUGUUUGGAAACUCUGGCGGAGGCCUUUUUGGAGGCACUAGCACAACAAAUACGGGCACUACGUCUGGAUUCGCAGGCUUCGGAGGCACCAGCACUUCCGGGUCUCUGUUCGGCAACACAACCACAACACCAUCAUUGAAUUUAAGUGGUUUUGGAGCUAAAACAACAAGUUCGUUUGGAACUGGCACAUUUGGAGGAUUUACAGCUCCAACUCAGAACUUUGGAUUAGGCCAGUCAACAUUUGGCACUCAACAACCUCAACUGCAACAGCAGCAGCAACAGCCUCAGGAAGAUCCUGUUGUGCAGUCGGUAAUGCAAGUUUGCUUAUUUAAUGAUGAAAGGGAUGCCAUUAUUUCGAGGUGGAAUCUAUUACAAGCGCAGUGGGGCACUGGAAAAGGCUACUUUAACAACAAUGCAGCACCAGUUAUCUACACACUGCAAAAUAUUUUCUGUAGAUUCAAAGCUCUGGGUUAUAACCUCCUUCCAAGUGGAAAAGACGAAGAUGGGUUAGUCUCUAUAACCCUGAAUAAAAAAGAAUCUGAAGCCAGAGCUCAGCAACAGCAGAUUGCCAACGCCUUGCAAAAUUUACUCGCUGGUCGACCACUGACUGUAGCCAUACAGGAAGUCCGUGGCAGCUCUAACGAUACCACACAAAUUCUCAUCACGGUCUCAGAGAAAAGUGCCGCUGGGCAAACGCGCAAAAUGCCGGCAACUGACUAUGCAAAUUUCCUGAACAACUCCAAAACGCAAUUAGCCUCUAUUGGAGUCAACAGCAUCACUGCUGUCGUUUCUCCCUCGCAGGAAGAGAUACAGGCCUAUCUGUCUUCUCCACCUAUUGGAAUCGAGCCCAGGCUGUGGCAUCAAGCCCAGCUCGACAACCCAGACCCUAAGAGGUACAUUCCUGUUCCCAUGGUUGGAUUCCCAGAGCUGCGCAGUCGCAUGAACUGCCAAGAAGCCGAGAGCGCCCGACACGUCGCAUUCCUGGCCCAAGCCAAGGACCGGCUGCAGGAGAUGCAACGGCACGCGGCCGAAGCCAGGGAGAAACUCGAGCAGAGAACCCUGGGUCUGAGGAGUCUGCAGACGAGGCUGAUGAAGGUGCUGGUCAAACUGCAGGUACUCCGCCGCGAGGGAACGGCCCUGCUACCUGUCGAGGAGGAGCUGCGAGCCCGACUGGAGCACAUCAACAAUGCUGUGUCGCAACCUAACCAUUGCAAAGUGCGCUUGGCAGAACUGAUGUCGCAGACUGAACUGAGGAGCUUUAUGGGCAGCAAUGCCGACUAUUUAGGAAAAUACCAGCUUGAUAAUGACAGUCUUCAAGAGCUCCACAAGUAUUUGAAGAUGGAGCAAGAAGGCAUUAGCCACCUGAUUGAUGUAGCAACCAUGGAUUCGGAGAGUGUUCGUCUGAUGAUCCAGGACCUGAAUCAGGUACGUCAGAGGGCGAUUGAUUCAAGCACAUCAGCGCUACUUUCCCGACAUGCUCAACUCACAACUUUGCAUCAAUCAAAAUAACACAGUUUUAUUACUGUUUAAAAUUAGUUUAAUAUACAAAAAUGUGCAAAAAUACAUCAAUUGUUGUCAUCGCUCGAAGAAACGCCUUCGUCCUGAUCUUCAUCUUCUGAUUUGUUAAUUUUGAUGCCCAAUGCUGUCAACAGCGGCACCAGAUCCUAUAAAGGAACUCAUGAUUUAUUUUGAAA